AUGUGGACGACUUUCACGGCGACGGUUGCGGUGGUGGCAGCGGUGGAUGGUUGUUGUUCCCGCCGCCCGAGGAUUGGACGACGAGGAAGCAAGAUGGCAUUGAGGAAUGGCAAUGGAGGGAGAUGGGGAGGGAUAAAGAAAAGAGGACAUACGAAAUUUGGAUUGGGAAGCGAAUACAAAGGAGGCAUUAAGUUGGAUCUUGUGAUCAAUCGAAGAUGGAGAUCUAUUGAGCCUAAAUUCAGCCCCCACUUGCAUAAAGAUGGAUUCAUCACGUGGGUCUUCCCGUUGGUGGAGGUUUCGGGUCUUUUUCUGUUCUUCUCCCAGUGUGGAGUUGUCCCCUUUCCAUUGGUGAAGGUUUCGGGUGUUCAUGGGAUUACGCCUUGGAUUGUUGAUUGCGCCUUGGGUUGUUGGUUAUGGUUUUUGAGGUGUAUAUAUAGGUGUAUCUCUUGGGAGGCCUACCCGCCCGAAUGGCUGUCCAUUUCUCUCCAUGAGGUCACGUCUUUCACAAAAUUUCAAGCAAGAAAAGACACUCAGAUGCUACUGAGAAGCACAUCAACUCCAGUACUUCGAACCCUGUUCUCAGAAAGUCCAAUCAAAAACUUCUACACCACCGAAACCAAUAACAACUGCUCCAACCACCGCACCUCCGCCGUACAUGGUGGUUGCUGCGGCCGCUGCAGUCUCAGGUCAUUCUCUUGCUCUCCAAUCUCUUCUGGGUCCUCCCAAUUCAGUCGGAAAACAAGCACUUCUAAUCACAAACCCCUUCGUAGAGCUAGAUCUGAGGGCCAUUUAGGAGAAAUGUCAAGUUCGUUUGAUUUUGGUGAGAAUUCAACGUUGCAAUCAGCUCCAUCUUUUUGUAUAUACACUUCCGAAGAUGGGUUUGAUGGAGAAAGUGAGAAAGAAAGGGUAGAGAGAGAGACACUGGAGAGGCAUGUCAUGAUAGGAGAGAGAAAUGAGGAGAUGGGUAGUGAGGAAUUCUGUUUUGGUAAUAAGGGUAUGGACUUGAUUGAGGAAAAUGGUGAAGAAGAAGAGGUUUUGAGUGAGUUUCAAGAUUUGGGUAUUGAUGAGAGAGUUGAACCAGUCAGUCCUCGUAUGUAUCUUGCCACAGGUCUGGGGAUUGGUGGCGAUGGUGGUUGCGGUGGUGGCGCUGGUGGUGGUGGAUUUGCUCCGGAGUGGUUUGGUGGUGGUGGUGAUGUGGAGGAGUAUUACAAGAGGAUGGUUGGUGAAGAUCCUUCUUCCAACCCUUUGUUCUUGAGGAAUUAUGCUCAACUUUUGUUGAAUAAGGGAGAUCUUCAUGGGGCCGAGGAAUACCUCUUCCAAGCUACAAUGGCAGACCCUAAAGAUGGUGAAAUAUGUUCGUUAUAUGCUAAGUUGGUAUGGGAGCUUCAUCGCAACCAAGAUAGAGCAUUGAAUUACUUUGAACAGGCAACUCAAGCUUCCCCUGAAGAUAGUCAUGUUCUCGCAGCAUAUGCUUGUUUUCUCUGGGAAAUAGAUGAGGAGGAAAAAGACGAUCGUGCAUGGAAUGAUCAUUUUCAGAUUGAAGGAGAUAAAGGUCUGGUUGAGUUCAAAGAAAAGGCCCCGAUUCGCCCGUAUGGUAUCGGAGGCUUUGAGAAGAUUGAUCAAAUUGUAGCUGAUUCUGACAAGGGUGGAAAAAUUGAAGAUUAUUACAAGAGGAGGGUUGAGGAAAACCGUUCCAACCCUUUGUUUCUGAGAAAUUAUGCUCAGUUCCUUCAUCAGUCCAAGGGAGACCUACAGGGAGCUGAGGAAUACUACUCGCGUGCAAUACUAGCGGAUCCGGCUGAUGGCGAAAUAAUUUCACAAUAUGCUAGUUUGGUGUGGGAACUUCAUCGUGACCACAACAAAGCGGAGUCUUACUUUGAGAGAGCAGUUCAAGCUACACCACUGGACAGCCAUGUCCUUGCUGCAUAUGCUAAGUUCCUCUGGGAGACAGAGGGCAAUGAGGAAGACGAACACCAUAGUCCAGGGUAAAAUCACAUUCAGACUCCGGUUUUCCUGGAGGCAAGGACAACUGCAAAUGCUUAACUCUCUUUUCCCAAUUAGCAGCUCCAUAACCGAAUAAGCAGCACAAAUUUUGUUAGUGACCUCAUCUGAUCUGCCGAUCACUAAUGUUUCAAAUAAGUGCAAACUUUGUAGGAAUGUAUCUAAUUUUGACUUCCUCCAAUACAGAGGGAACGUUUGAUACAAUCCAGUGUAUGGAUUAUUAACACAGAUGGAUCCAUAAAUAAAGUAAAUGAGGCAAACAACUGAACCUCAGUAACGUAAGG